GACAGUUGUUACUGGACCGACUGCCAGGUGGGAAGUCAAACAUUUUUCAAAUCCAUCUCCGACAGUCUUCUCACAGCGGCAAGACAGCCCUGCUGAUGGCAGCGGUGGCGAGAUGACAGAGCCAGAAGGACAGAUUCUUCUGGAAAAGAACGCCCGCAAAGCCGACGAAUUCGGGAACGUGCAUACCGUAUGCUGCGCAGUCUCCCUGGCUCAGACAUGAGUCCAUCAAGGACAACAUCCUGUUUGGCCACCCACUAGACGUAGAGCGAUAUGGAGAAGUGAUCGAAGCCCGUGCUCUGCGUCACGAUUUGGAUAUGUUUGAGGACGGGGAUGCCACCGGGAUCGGGGAGAAGGGUGUUUCGCUUUCCGGCGGGCAGAGAGCUCGGGUGGCGCUUGCGCGAGCUGUCUAUGCUCGAAUCAAGCACGUCCUAUUCGAUGAUCCGUUGUCGGCUGUCGAAAGUCAUACCGCCCAGAUUCUGUUCCAGAAAUGUCUGAUGGGGCGGCCGUUGCUG